UGAACCAGCACAGCUCCACAACUCUACCCCCUUCCACAGGCGCCGCCACCAGACGAACCUCUGCAGAAUGGGCCGGAUAAUUUUCUACGAGGACAAGAAUUUCCAGGGUCGUCGGUACGAGUGCGAUAGCGACUGUUCGGACUUCCAUACGUACCUGAACCGGUGUAACUCCAUCCGCGUGGAGAGUGGGGCCUGGGUGGUCUAUGAGAGACCAAACUUCAUUGGCUACCAGUAUGUUCUGACCCGGGGCGAAUAUCCGGAUUACCAACGCUGGAUGGGUCUGAACGAUCGACUUUGCUCCUGCAAGAUGAUCCACUUCGUAAGCGGUAGUGAGCAUAAGAUCCAACUCUAUGACAAAGGAGAUUUUGCCGGCCAGGUUUACGAGACCACCGAAGAUUGUCCAUCCGUGGUGGAGCGUUUCCGGACGCGCGAAGUCCACUCCUGUAAGGUACUGGAUGGGAUCUGGAUCUUCUACGAGCACCCAAACUAUAGGGGACGCCAGUAUCUGCUGCAGAAGGGGGAAUAUCGUAAGCCCGUUGACUGGGGUGCUGUUUGCCCCACCGUUCAGUCCUUCAAACGCUUGACGGAGUGACGUCUGACCUGUAAAUCCAUCCAUCUGCAGUUCUCCUUUACCUCCAAAACACCCGACCACGAAAGCAGCA